AUGCGUCUCCUCCAAUCUCUGACAGUCCUCGGCGUGGUCGGCCUCGCCCACAGCCAGACCAACUUCACCUUCAACGCCGGCGACAUCGACUCCUCCACCAGAUCCUACUGGUGCCAACAACAAACCUCCACCUGCCCCCUCCUCUGCCUCCAGAUGCCCGGAGCAUCCAGCAACCCCUCCGCCAACACCUGCGACUCCGUAAGCUUUUCCCUUUACCCCCAAUCUGUGCCCAUCACUCCUAAUACUGACAUCAAUCGAUAG